UGCGCCGGCGCGCCGGCCUCGGCCGUGCGCUUCUCGUGCGCCGAGUGCCUGUCGGGCCAGCACGUCUGUUUCGUCUGCAAGUCGGCGUCCGGCGCGCUGGAGCGCUGCGGCUGGACGGGCCGCUGCGGCAAGCACUUCCACCGGGCGUGCCUGCGCCGGUUACCGCAGGCCCCCAGCUCCGAGCACAGGCUCGUGUGUCCGCUGCACGUGUGUCACACGUGCGUCAGCGAGGACCCGCGCCGGCUGGCCGCCCAGUUCAAGCCGACCGACAAGCUGUUCAAGUGCGUCCGCUGCCCGACCGCCUACCACGCCAGCGAACGCUGCGUGGCGGCCGGGACGGAAAUCUUGAACGCGUCACAGAUCAUCUGCACCAAACACUACGGCCGCGACACCAAGAGGGGCUCCUCUUCUCACCACAUCAACACCACCUGGUGCUUCAUCUGCUCCAAAGGCGGCAGCCUGAUCUGCUGCGAGAGCUGCCCGGCCUCGUUCCACGUGGAGUGCAUCAACGCGCCGAUCCCGGACGGCGGCUACGUGUGCGAGGAGUGCGAGAGCGGCCGCUUCCCGCUUUACGGCGAGGUGGUCUGGGUCAAGCUGGGCUUCUACAGGUGGUGGCCGGCGAUGGUGGUGCCACCCAACGACAUUCCGGAGAACCUUCUGCAGAUGGAGUACAGCACGGGCCAGUUUGUCGUGCGCUUCUUCGGCUCCAAGGACUACACCUGGAUGCGGCGCGGUCGCGUCUUUCUCUUCGAGGAGGGGGACUCGGUGGGCCGAGUGCACGCCACGGGCUCCAAGACGCUGACCUCGUCGUACAAGAAGGCCAUGCAGGAGGCCACCGUCUACUACAAGCAGUACAAAGAGAGCCGCGAGAAGCAGAGGGAGGCGACCGACAUUCUGCGGCCGCCGGCCUACAUCCGGAUCAAGAGCAACAAGCCGGUGGGCGGCGUGAAGCUGUCGAGCGGCGAUGUCAGUCAGGCGACGGCCUGCGGCUGCCGGCCCACCGACGAGAGGCCCUGCGGCCCCGACUCAUCCUGCCUCAACAGGAUGCUCAUGUUCGAGUGCCACCCGGAGCUGUGUCGAGCCGGCGAGCGCUGCCUGAACCAGCGCUUCCAGAAGCGACUCUACCCGCCGCUGCAGGUGGUGCGCACCAGCGACAAGGGCUGGGGUCUGGCCGCGCUCGUCGACCUGAAAAAAGGCGACUUCGUGAUCGAGUACGUGGGAGAGGUGAUCAGCGAAGCGGAGCUGCAGCGGCGCGUCGAGUACAAACACCGCAUGCAGGACGACAACUACUACUUCCUCACCGUCGACAAGGACCGCAUCUUGGAUGCCGGGCCCAAGGGCAAUCAAGCCAGGUUCAUGAACCACUGCUGCCAGCCCAACUGCGAGACGCAGAAGUGGACCAUAAACUCUGAGACUCGGGUGGGGCUGUUCGCCAUCACCGACAUCCCGGCCGGCGAGGAACUCAACUUCAACUACAACUUCGACUGUGUCGGCACGGCCAAGAAGCGGUGCAUGUGCGGAGCGCACUGCAGCGGCUACCUGGGAGACAAGGCGCUCAAAGUGCUGAAGACGACGCGCGACGACAAGACGAAGCGGGCGAAGCGGCGCCGCCGGCGACGGCCGGCCAAGCCGCGCUCCGAGGACGACUGCUUCCGCUGCGGCCUCGGCGGCCAGCUGAUCCUCUGCGACUUCGCCGACUGCCCCAAGGCGUACCACGCCAGCUGUCUGCAGCUGGACCGGGCCCCUUACGGCAAGUGGGUUUGUCCAUGGCACCACUGCGACAUAUGCGGACAGCGGGCCGUGCAGAUGUGCGUCCAGUGUCCCAACUCGCUCUGCAAGAACCACCUGAACACGAGCAUGGCACACCACCCGGAGCUGGGCGACCUGUGCGACGACCACGAGCCGGCCGAGGUGGCGCAGAUGCUGACCGAGAGGGCGCGGCGGCGGGAGGACGCGCCGGAGCCGCCGCUCAAGCGGCCGCUGGCGGACGGCGACGGGGGCGACGCCAAGCGGCCGCGCUCGGAACCGACGUCGACGGAGGGCACGUCCGAGAGCGAGUCGGCCGCCGGCCUGGGCUGAGUGCCGGCCGGCCCCGGGCCUGGUCUGCUGUCAGGGCGCGGAACAACCAGACGCCGCCCAGGUCCGAUCUGGUCUGGCCUGGCCUGCCCUGGUUUGGUGUGCUCUGGUCUGGUCUGGCCUGUUCUGGUUUGAUCCUGUCU